CAAAGGGCAGUAUCUAAUUAUCUAUCAAGUAUUACACCGUCGGUUCUUUCACGCUCCGAUCGCAACAGCCGCACUCCUCCCUUCUUCUCGUCGUCUUCAACAUCGAAACAGCAAGAUAAGUUACAAUGGCGUUGCUGUUCAAGGAUCCAACAAAGAUUUCAGCAUAUCGUGACAGAAGGUUUCCAGGAACCCAAGAAGAAUAUGAACACGCACUCCAAACCUCAACAACUGUAUACAUUGGCAACAUGUCUUUCUACACCACUGAAGAGCAACUUUAUGAGCUCUUCUCUCGUGCAGGAGAAAUCAAAAAGAUUGUCAUGGGUUUAGACAAGAACACAAAAACCCCAUGUGGCUUCUGCUUCAUCAUGUACUAUUCUAGGGAAGACACUGAAGAUUCAGUGAAAUACAUAAGUGGGACAAUUCUUGAUGAUCGGCCUAUUCGUGUUGAUUUUGAUUGGGGGUUUCAAGAUGGAAGACAAUGGGGGCGUGGGCGUAGUGGUGGACAACCACCUCCCAUGGCUGCCAGCUAUGGAAGACAUGGAGGAGGAGGAGGUGGUCAUGGGUAUGGGGGAGGUGGACACAGGCAUGGCAGAGGAGAUUAUCAAAGGAAGAGAUACCGUGAUGAUGAUCGGGAUAGACGUGGGCCCGAUGUGCCCAAGAGGAAUUCCGAAAACGAAACUCGAAGAAACUCUGAUUUUGAUUCCAAACAGGAGAAAAACCCACGUUUUCGUGAGCAUGGUGAUUCUGAUGAAGAGGAUGAUGACAGGAAAAGACAGAAAUAACUGGAAUUCGGUUUAUCAUUAUUAAUAUUAUUUCAUGGGUAAAUUUAUCAAAAUAUUUUCGGUUAUGUACAAGUUGUUGUUAAGACCCAUAUUAAUAGUUUGAAAUUGCUAGUUUUUAUUCAAUCUAUCAUCGCCUCAUUGUCUAAAAUAUUAAAAGAAUAUAGGAAAAAUUGGUUUAAGUUUUCUUGGAUAAGGAAAAAUUCUAGAUUAAAUUGAUGAAUAAUUAAUUUAGACAAUGACGUGUUAUCAGCAUUAUGUUUUGUUGAAUGAAAAGUAAAGCC